AUGAACGACGAAAAUUCGCGUCCUCUAAAACCCCUUGAUAAAAUACAAUACCAUCCUCACAUAUCAUUCUGGGGUGGCGUCCUAACCCUCUCCAUAGAUCUCCACCCCACCCCCCUCCAAAUCCCCUCCCUGAUGAGAAAUCUCGCCAACAUUCUCCCCGACUACGCGCUCUGGGCUCACCACAUCAAAAUUUCUAUUCUACCUCCUCCUCCCCAAAAAGAUCCCGACUCAUGGUCUAUAAAGCCUUCUCAGUCCCACAUCUCCGAUUUCAAAACUAUCAUCAACAUCUUAAACGACUUCGAUAAAGUAAAAGAGCUUCACAUGACUAUAUUACUUAAACCCCAGGAAUCGAAAUGCGAGGAUCUGUAUUUUUUGGGUGGAUUAUUCGGAUUGGAGAGAAUAAAAUGGAGUUUGGCGUUUGCGGUUGAGGGACAUGGAAAGUGGGAGGUUGAUGCUGAGUGUUGUUUUAUGAGGGAGUUGUUGGAGGUUUAUUCGAGGCGGGUUUCCGGGUCGGGAGGAUUGGAGAUGAUUGUGGAGUAA